AUGUGGGCGGACUUGGGCGAUGCACUCUCAGAGCAGUACACUGGCACAGCGAGUACCAUGGGUGCAGCUCUACGCCAAGGCGGCCACACGACACGCGCCAUGCUGGAGAAGGGUUGGCGUGCAGUGAACCGGGCUUACUGCGCUCACUUCGAAGACGAUGCGCGGCAGUCGGCCUUGCAGUUGCUCUUAGGCAGCCACAAGCUGACAAAGGUGCCUUCCUCGCAGAUCCGCCGAAGUCCCCAAGGAAAGUUCCGCUUCGCCCUGGCCACCUGGAACCUCCAUGGCCGCACACCCUGGGAGUCGGCGGAGACCUUGCAGAGUUUGAUUCGUGGAGCUUGCGAGGUCAAUGGUGCCCGAGAGAGCCCAGAUGUCUUUGUGUUCUGCUUUCAAGAAUUUUCAGAACUGUCUGCCACCAAUGUGGUCCUGUUGGCCUCUGGUGAUGAGGUUCGGCAGGCACGGUUCGAAGCUGCGGCGGCCUCCGCUCUUCACGCCGAACUGGGCGAGAGCUUCUGGGAGCUGCGAAGUUUCGGAAUGGUGGGGCUCUUCGUGUCCGUCUUCGUGGCGGCGCGCCUGGCCAAGUCUGUGAAGUCCGUGUCCGCAGAGCGCAUUCGCUCUGGGCUUUAUGGCCAGGCUGGUAACAAGGGGGCCGUGGCCGUAAGCUUCAAGAUCGAGGAGUCUCCUGGCCUGGGCGGCAUCCGAGUUCGCUGA